AACCAAAAACAGGUACAUGCUCAGACGGACAAGAGAUGAUCCCUUCAAGUGAGAAGACAAAAACGAGUAUUCAAGCACUGCUCGAUCCCUUUCUAUUCGAUAUUGAUUAUCAUCUAUAAAUAAAUUUCUAAGCUGUUUAUUAUUACAUCCAUUAUUAGGGACAAAACUAACGAGAAAAAUAAUAUGCUUUGUAUCAAAUCAGUGGCAAUCCUUCUCCUUCCAACUUUCCUCCUCAUUUCUUCAACCUUCUUUUCUGGUGGAGCUUCUCAAAUUCACCUCCAGCCACUACCACUCCACGUUCGAGACUUGCAUUUUUCUACAGGAAGUGUUGAGAAGAGUGAGUUAAACUUGGUUUCAUGGGAAAGGGGGAGGAGGUCUGUUCUUGCAGAAAACAAUUCUAUGAUAUUAGCUGCAAAGCGAACGCAUAGGAGAGAUCCUUUGGACAAUUUUAAGUACUACAAAGGUGGAUGGAAUAUCAGAGAAGAGCAUUAUUUCUAUUCUGUUGCCUAUACUGCUGCUCCUCUGUUUUUAAUUGCUGUAAUAUGGUUUCUGGGAUUCGCUGUGACCUUAUUGGUCCUCUGUAUUCGUCGCUGCUGCUGUCAACUGAAGAAUUAUGGCUAUUCUCGAACUGCCUAUGCACUUUCUCUUAUCUUUCUCAUAUUCUUCACUGUUGCUGCAAUUAUUGGAUGCAUUGUCCUUUACACUGGACAGGAAAAGUUUCACAGCAGUUCAACAAGUACCCUAAAAUAUGUUGUGAAUCAAGCAGAAAAUACUGUUGAGAAUCUCACUAUUGUAUCAGAGUAUCUAUCUGCUGCGAAGGGAGUUGGAGUAGAUCAAUUUUAUCUGCCUCCUAGCUCCCAGAAGAGCAUCAGCAAAGUUGGCAGCUUGAUAAAUGCUUCAGCUACUAUUCUUCAGCAGAACACUGAUGAAAAUUCAGAUACAAUACAGAAAGCUCUUGAUACUGUACGGGUGAUUCUAAUCAUAGUUGCUGCUGUAAUGCUCGUUUUUGCUUUUCUAGGUUUCUUGCUAUCAAUUUUUGGCAUGCAAUCUUGCGUCUACAUACUGGCUAUUACGGGAUGGAUCCUUGCAACAAUUGCUUUGAUUUUGUGCUGCUUGUUUCUCAUUCUUCAUAAUGUAGUUGGAGAUACAUGUGUUGCCAUGGACGAAUGGGUCCAACACCCCACAGCACAUACAGCUUUGGAUGAUAUUCUCCCCUGUGUAGACAAAGCAACUGCCCAGCAAACAUUGUCAGAAAGCAAAAAAGUCACCUUCCAGCUAGUUGGUGUUGUUAACACAUUCAUCACCAAUGUCUCCAAUAAAGACCCACCAAAAAACCUGCCUCCCAACUUACCACCAGAGACUAAACGUUUGUAUUACAAUCAAUCCGGUCCUGCAGUGCCUCUCCUUUGUAAUCAAUUCAAUUCUGAUAUGACAGAUCGGAAAUGCGUUGCUGGUGAAGUUUACUUCACCAAUGCAUCGCAGGAAUGGAGCAAGUACGUCUGCCAAGUCUCAGAAAAUGGUACUUGUACCACAACAGGCCGUCUGACACCUGAAUUUUACAAUCAGAUAAUGUUUACUGUAAAUGUGAGCUAUGCACUGCAUAUCUACAGUCCCUUCCUUGUUGAGCUAGUAGAUUGUACUUUUGUUCGCAAAACCUUCAGUGGUAUCAUUGAGCAACAUUGUCCAGGCCUGAAUCGUUAUAGUGAUUGGAUCUUUAUUGGGUUUGUCAUGGUUUCGGUUGCAGUAAUGUUUUCUUUGAUCUUUUGGGUGUUGCAUGCAAGAGAGAGGCGUCACCGGGUAUAUUGCAAGCAGUUUAUAAAUCUAUCUGCGCGGGAGUCUAUAGCAGAAGAAAGUGGUGUGCAAUGAGUUUCCUGAGUUUGAUUCUGCAGAUUAUUGGGGGCCUUGUUUGGUUAAAGUUACAAGUGACUCAGUUCUGGAAAUAAAGAAAAAAUGAUAUUUUUACUUCUGAACACUUGCUCCUGACUAAACAAGUUAAUUUUUCGCUCUUUC